AUGAACCUCCACCCGCCGCUGGCCGUGACAAUUCUUGGGGAGAACAUGAGUGAGCCGCGGUUCGCGCGAUGGAGGAGGAUCGACCUAGAAGAGGUUGUGCAGACGAUACUGCUGCCGGUUGACGAUACAACCGUUGAGCCAGACACUGUGCUUUAGGAGCAGCAUUCACAAGGUGUCGAAUUGGGCAGGGUGCCCGGGUGGAGGUGCUUUGAUUCUUCGAAAUUACGAGGGUGAGGUUGGUGGUGUAGCUGCAGGAGCGGCGGGAGGAUAGAAUGGGAGAGUCUGGAUAUCGUUCACCUACCACCUCCCCAUAACCAACGCCGCCAGUGGAUUAGCGCUGCACAAAUUGCUCCCCAGCGUGCUCUCUCGACUUCACAAAAAUCCCACCUUUGCCGGCCACUAUGCUGUCCACCCGUAGGGAAAAACAAAACCGUACCCCUCCUCUCUUGGAUCACUGAUCCCCCUCCCACUCUCCCUCCCACGCAUCGUCUCGGAGGUCUUGUCCAAGUUAUACUUCCCGCCUCCCCCGCCCCCAACGCUCUCCACAAGCAGUCCCACACACACCAGCCCAACCCCCGCAACCACAAGAACAAACCCCUCCACUGCGCCGCGAAAAGCCUCAAAGCACUACUCGCUUCCUCCCGCAGGAAGAACACCACGAUCACAUCCCUCCUUAUUUCAACCACCGCCACGGCAACCCUCCAAAAGAUAGCGGUGAAAUUUGACAAACUUACAUCACCGACGCCGAUCAACCCCCACCGCUACCUUGCCAGCGACAGGAUCCAGGAAGUGGCCAUAGGCGAGUACCUCGCCAGUCUCCGAUCAGAGUUCUCACGCUCCCCUCAGACACCCUCCACCCUAUUCUCCAUCGAGCGGGAGCACACAGCGAAGAUCAACGACCCCCUAGAUGCCGGCACGGCGGGCGUCGACAGAGUAUUACUCUCCCCGAGCGGGGGAGCCGUUGGCCCGGCAUGCGCCGUUGGCGUUAGGGGCGGCGGGUUGGUCCUUUGCGGUGCUGGGUGCCAAGGUGCUGUGGAGACCCGCGUGCUCGAGACGGUUUUAGACGCUGUUAGGAGGGGUGCUAAGGGUAUUGAAUGA